UUGACUUAUCUUUGUUUUAGCUUUCAUAUAUAAUUACAAUUUUUUUUAAUUAUCUGAUAGACCUGAAACCGAGUACAUCAAGGAUAUCAUUAAGUAUGUAUUAAAAAGGUUGAUGAAUAGCAAGAUUAGAAGAACUUCUGAAGAAUUGGUUGGAAUAGAUGAUCAGAAGAACAUGAUUUUGGGUAUGAUUAAGCAAGAAGAGAGUCGUGUAAUAGGACUGUGGGGAAUGGGUGGUAUAGGCAAAACAACCCUUGCUGAUGUUGUUUAUAAGGAAGCCUCUCCAAACUUUGGAUCUCGUUGCUUUCUUCAAAAUGUAAGUGAGAAAAUAAAAAACCAAGGGUGGGUAACUUUACGAAAUGAGCUUCUUUCCAAGCUCUUAAAUGAAAAGGAAAUUCGUAUUGACACCAUUUCGAUAGAAUAUCCUUACCAAGAGAGGCUGAACAAUAAGAGAGUAAUUGUUGUCCUUGAUGAUGUUAGUGACCAGGACCAUAUAGAUUACAUGGGUGUUAAACAUUUUGGUCCUGGAAGUAAAAUUGUUGUAACAUCUAGAGACAGACAAGUACUUAAGAAUGGAGAAGCUAACAUAAUACAUGAGGUAAACAAGUUAAAUAGGGUCGACUCUCUUCAACUUUUUUCUACAUUUGCAUUUAAGCUGUUGAAUCCUACUGUUGAUUUUCAAGAUCUAUCGAACAAGUUUGUAAACUACGCCCAAGGCAAUCCACUUGCUCUUAAAGUUUUGGGUUCUAAACUCUAUACAAAGCCUAAAAGAGAGUGGGAAAGCGAGGCGGAUAAGCUAAAGGAGUAUGGCCAACCACAAAUUUCACAGAUUUUGAAGAGUAGCUUUGAUGGACUGGACGAAUUAGAGAAGAAUAUAUUUCUUGACAUAGCAUGCUUCCUUAAACGGAAAGACCGAUAUGAGAUAGAAGAAAUUCUAAGUUGCUUGUAUAAGGGUGUAGUGUGUGUAAUAGCAACUUGGUCGACAAGUGCCUACUUGAUAUAACACCCUUUGAAAGAAUUUCUAUGCAUGAUAUGCUUGAAGAGAUGGGCAAUGACAUUGUUCGCCAAGAAUGUAAAGACCCUACAAAGUGCAGUAGGUUAGGGAAUCCUAAAGACGUGGUUCAAGUGCUCAAAUAUAAUAAAGGGACUGACUUGAUUGAAGGAAUAAAGUUAGACAUGAGUCAAAUUGGUAACCUAAAGUUUCGUCCUACUGUUUUUGAGAAGAUGCAUAAUCUUAGAUAUAUUCACUUCUAUUUUCCUCCGUUUAGUGCUGCGAGACAUGCAGACCAAGUUGAUUAUAAGAAACUAUAUGCAGACGGAGUUGAUAGUAUAUAUCUUCCUGAUGAGCUAAGGGUUCUCCAUUGGCCUAAUUAUCCCUUCAAAUCUUUAUCAAGUUUUAAUCCACAUAAUCUUGUCGUGUUGGAAUUAACACGUGGCAACAUAGAACAACUAUGGAAUGAAGAUGAUCAUCUGGAUCCUGCCAAUUUAAGGAAAAUAAACGUGUCUUAUUGCAAGAAUUUAAGGAAGAUCCCGAAUCUAAUAGGAGCCAUCAAUCUCAAAAGCCUAAUCUGUACGGAGUGUAGAAGCUUGGUUGAAUUUCCUUGCCUCAAUCAUUUGGCAUCUCUUGAAACCCUUCAACUUGAGGGAUGUCUUAAUCUCAAGAAGUUUCCUGAGGUCCCAACUCACUUUUCUACCUUAUAUUUGGGACAAACUGGAAUAGGAGAAGUUCCUGAUUCAAUUGAGAAAUUCCUUGGGACUUAAAACCUUGUCUUUGACAAACUCAAGGGUUAAAACUGUUUCGAGCAAUAUUUCAAAGUUGAAAUCCCUUGAAUAUCUGAAUCUUAGUGAUUGCCCCAUUGUCGAGUUUCCGGAAAUCCCGUUAAGCUUAACAGAAUUAUACUUAUCUGGGACUCAAAUUGAAGAAGUGGCCUCAUCUUUCUACAUUGUAAGUAAUCUUCUGCACUUUGAUAUGAGCGGCUCAAAUAUUCAAAAGUUACAUUGCAAUAUUGUAUUGUCUGGUUCGAGUUCGACAGCAAUUCCAACAGUUGAUGUGCCCUCAGCAACCUCAAUGUUCAAAAGCCUUAUAUGUUUGAAAAUGAAUUAUUGCAAGAGCCUUAAAUUACUGUUGGAGCUUCCACCAUAUCGGCGGUUCUUGGCUGCAUGUGGCUGCGAGUUGUUAGAAAAUGUAUCAUUCGCAGAUCAAAACUUGUAUCAAUUCGAUUUUUUAGGCUAUGAUGAUGAUGUACUUUUCAUGUUAUUCUCUAAUUGCUUCAGCUUGAAUCAAGAUUCAAAGGAUAACAUCGAGGCCAAUGCAAUGCUCAAUAUUGGGUCCCUGGCUAAGAAAUGGGCAUCGAGUUAUGAUUAUGAUUUCCAGCCUGAUGUCCUACUAAAAUUUUUUUGUUGUUUUCCGGGAAACAAAGUUUCAGCAAAUAAGUUCGAGUUUCAGAGCUCGAAUUCUUCGUUGAAUUUGAAGAUAGCCUUAAAUGGGUGUAGUGGGAGGAGAUUUUUGGUUUUUGCUAUCUGCCUUGUGGCUGAUCUCACUCACUGCAAUCGCCUUGAAAAUCUUGAAUAUAUCUGUGAAUAUCAAUUGAUAGCCGCCGGUGGUGGUGAUGAAAAGUUCAAAAGUGAACUAAUUAAAGAGCAAGAUUUUGAGUUGGACUUGACGUACAGGGGUGAUCACGUGUUGAUUCUAUUUAGUAAAGAUUUUGUUAAAGAAGACAAGAAUUAUGAGGAGGCAUCAUUUGAGUUCCACAUCAAAAACUGCGAUUACGGCGGUGAAGAAGUUAAACUCGAUGAUGUCAAGGUGGAAAAAUGUGGUAUACAUGUAUUUUACAUAGAUGCAGAGAGUUUUGCCGAUAGUGCUGUCAAAUCCGAAGAAAUGCUCAACUUCGAUGAGACAUCCGAUGGCAGUUUUUACUCUGCUGAAGAUGGUAAUGUUGAGGAAGUCAAUGAUGAUGCAUAAAAUCGACUUUAACCAUGAUGGUGUCAUCCAAUGCAGAGGUUUAGAAGAUAGUGUCCAUGAACGAAAUUCUUCAUAUUAACUAAUUUGGAGGAAGUCGGAGGCAACCGGAGAUAUUAAGAAUCGUACAGAAUUCGUUCAGCCUCGUUGUUUAGUUUCCAGCAUUGGUGCUCAUGCCAUAGGCAGUAAGUAGAGAUUUAAUCAUCUCCUAUCUCAAUACUCUCUGCAUUUUCCUUCAAUGUUGUCUUCAUCCAUUGAUUUAUGUUUAAUAUUUCCUUUAAAGUUGGUUAAUUUAUAUGUUAUUGUUAGAGAUUGUGACCGAAUUCUUCAUAUUAACUAAUUUAAACUUUGGAAUGAAGAUGAUCAUUUGGAAUA